AUGAAGCACUUCGGAAGUUUUUUUGAGAGGAUUAGGCAGUACAAGCUACGUCUUAAUCCUCAAAAAUGCACUUUUGGGGUAACAACUUGUAAAAUGCUAGGAUUUCUCAUCACUCAAAGAGGAAUCGAGGUAGACCCUUCCAAGAUACAGGCUAUCAUGAAGAUAUCACCACCAAGGACAGAGAAGGAAGUAAGGAGCUUUCUAGGAAAAGUGCAAUUCAUUAGCAAAUUCAUUUCCAAACUCACAGCCACCUGCAAACCUCUCUUUAAGCUUUUGAAGAAAGGAGCUAAUUUUGGGUGGAGUCAAGACUGUCAGCAAGCAUUCGAGGCAAUCAAAGAGUAUUUUCAGAAUCUGCCUAUGCUGUCACCACCCAUCUUUGGGAAGCCAUUGAUUCUGUAUCUCUCAGUAACAAACACAUCCAUGGGAUGCAUGCUAGCACAAGAAAAUGAUGCCAAAGUAGAGUGCGCCAUAUACUACCUCAGCAAGAAGAUGAUGGACUACGAAACAAGGUAUACUCCUUUAGAGAAAACCUGCUAG